AUGGAUAAAAAUGCUAUGCGCUGGAAGCGUUAUGCAGAAAUGUCACCCAUUGCCAAGGCUGCACUUUCACGCCGGAGGCGUGAGGCCAGGCUUCUUAAGAAAAAGGAUAAAUCAUCGCGCUCUUACCUUCGUACGGUGCCAUUCGGGCAUGUUGAAACUGGUGUUUGUUUCUCUAAUUCAGCUCCUACUCGUAACGACUCGUUACCAGGUUGUCAUGGUCAGGUUGUCGAUAGUCGUUCUGUUGCGCUUCAAGAAUCGUUGAACUAUAUGUCUGCCGCUAUGCCUGCCUCACUCUGUCUAUCUAGUGGAGCUUGUUCCUCUCCUGUUGUCCUACAUUUAGUGCAAUAUAGUUUGGAUUCUGAAGCCCGUCUCCUGAAUCGUACAGUUCACUGUCGGCAAGCUGACCCACAAAGUAGUUCUCCAAAACAGAAAGAGCAGGACUCUCCCUCCCUUCAUCUUUCAGCUACUGUUCAACCUUCUCCUCUCAUUCAUGAGAAUGCCUUAUCUAAAGCAUUGGAUCAUCCUCCACAUAACAUUGUUAUAGCCUCAAGCCAGGAACAGCAAACUUCUGAUGCUGUGAGUAAAAAUGCACAUAAUACCUCCACAUCUGUUAACAACUUAAUGAUUGAAAUUCUAAGCCCCCUCGAUGCAGCUCCUUCAAAUCACUUCUCCAGAAACUGUGUUCCUCCUUCUACUGCAUUAAAUCUCCCAUCUAAAAGUACCGGCCAGUGUACAGGCAACACGAAUGCUACCAGCAAAUCAUCUCGUUCUCAUGUUGGUGUUACAGCUGCUACAACGAAUCUUUCAAACGUUAUAUUGACAACAAGGAGGCAAUCAGGGACACUUACUGAACGUCGUCGCUCAAAAAAAUCUAGGAUUGAUGAAAUUGCUAAAGAAUCUUUGUUGCUCCCUGAUGCUCUUGAUUGUCAGUAUUAUGGAGCUAAAAGAUUCUAUUUGGAACCCCCGAGGUUUUGCUGCUCCCAAGGAGAAAUUUCUAUUGUUGCUCCUCCAAUGCCUUAUGCUCUAAAGCGUCUAUUCAUAGGAGAUGAUGAAGAAUGUGAGCAUUUUAGGAAAUUAUCUCGCACCUAUAACAAUAAUGUGUCUUUCACUUCAUUUGCUGCAAAGUAUGAUCCAGAAUUGACAAGGAAUACAAGGGGAGUAUAUACCUUUCGUGUCCAGGGGCAGGUUUAUCAUUUUUUGAAUAGUUUAUCGCAGCCUGAUGAUAGACCCUGUGGAAUCCACCUCUACUUUUUUGAUACCGAUGAAGACUUAAUCAGGCGAGUCGCUGCUUCUGACAAGCUUCUCGAGAGCACUUUGAAGCUUUUGAUGGACAUACUUUCUAAUAAUCCUUAUGCUAGAUUCUUUAAGGACAUAAGUGAUGUCCCAGAUCUUGAAAAGCAUAAUGUUGUCCUUAACUGCUUUCCUGGCCUUGACCAGCGCAUUUAUAAUCUUUCUUCUGCUUCUCAAGUUGCUGCUAUAUGGACUGAAAAUGAUGAUGAAUCAGUCGAUAGGCAACCGCAUAUUCUUGUAUAUAGCCGGUCAAAUACUGCUCACAAGGUCCAGCAUUAUUAUGCUUGUUAUGAUCCUUUGCAGUAUCCUCUCUUAUUUCCGCGUGCUGCUGAUCAUGGAAAGAAGGAUGAGCAUACUGUAUCGGCUAGAGAGUAUUACUGCUAUAGGUUCCAGAUCAGGAAGAAUGGCGAAUCCAUGCUAUUGCAUACUCUUAGAUUGCUGCAGCAAUUUUCAGUUGAUUCCUAUGUCAAAAUUGAAACAUCACACCUGGAUUUUCAGCGCAAGAGGCAAAAUGAUAUUCGGACAGAAAUCCUCCAAGAAGUGCUAGAUAGUGUUUCUAUUGGUCAGAGCGAAGGCUUAAAAGUUGGGCGAAAAGUGAUAUUACCAGCUUCUUUUAUCGGUGGGCCAAGAGAUAUGAGGCGACGAUAUCUUGAUGCAAUGGCAUUGGUACAAAAAUAUGGAAAGCCGGAUAUUUUCCUGACCAUGACAUGUAAUCCAAUGUGGAAAGAGAUUCAAGAUAAUCUGCAAUUUAAAGAAAAACCUCAGGAUAGGCCAGAUCUUUUGUCUAGAGUGUUUAGAGCAAAAUAUGAAAUGCUUAAGGCUGAACUUUUAGACAAGAAAAUUUUUGGAGAAGUUGCUGCAUGCUUCCCUCAUUUGUAUUCUCUUGUUCUUAAGCACAUGGUUCAUGGACCUUACGGACACAUGGGUAAGAAUAGCCCUUGUAUGAAAGAUGGUAGCUGUAAAAAUCAUUAUCCAAAAAACUUCUGUGAACAUACAACUCAUGCCGAAGACAGCUAUCCAUACUAUAGGCGGCGGAACGAUGGCAGUAAAAUAACUGUUCGCAGGUUUGAGCUUGACAAUAGAUGGAUCAUUCCUUAUAACCCAUAUCUUUUAGCCUUGUUUGAUUGCCACAUGAAUGUGGAAAUCUGUUCCACUUUGAAGCUGGUUAAGUAUUUGUUCAAGUACAUCUUCAAAGGACACGAUCUUAUCAGCUUCAAAAUUAUAUCUGACGAUUCCCGUGCCAAUGUCGAUGAGAUUAGAGAAUUCCAGCAGGGAAGAUGGAUUUCGCCCCCCGAGGCUUUUUGGCGCAUCUUUGAAUUUAGGCUAAACGAGAUGACUCCAGCUGUCUAUACUCUACAGGUUCACCUACCUGGCCAGCAGCUCAUCACUUUCAACAAAAACUCGGACCUUUUGCCGCUGAUGAGGAAAAUUGACUUCUCAAAAACCAUGUUGAUCGAGUUCUUCAAAAUGAACAAAACAAAUGAAAGGGCUGAAACCUUGAAGUGCUUUUAUAGAGAAUUUCCAGAGCAUUUUGUUUGGUCUUUUAAAUAUAAAGCUUGGACUGAGAGAAAGCGUAAGAAAGCCAUUGGAAGGCUAGUGGCAAUCAGCCCUCAUGAAGGCGAGAGAUACUACCUUAGACUACUGCUUACUCAUGUUCGAGCACCUACGUCAUUUGAUGACCUCUUAACUAUUAGUGGCCAAAAAAUGGAUUGCUUUAGAGAUGCUGCUUUGGCCCUUGGGCUUUUACAGUCCGAUACAUAUCUACAAGAGACUCUUGAAGAAGCAGCUCUUUUUCAAAUGCCAUCCUCUUUGAGACUCUUAUUUGCUACUAUUCUUGUUCAUUGUUCUCCGACAGAUCCUCGAUUUCUUUGGAACAAAUUUCAGCUAGAACUCUCUGUAGAUUACCACCGAUCUCACCACCUCUGUUUUUAUACGGCUGAAGAAAUUAGAAAUAAGGCCCUGCAGGAAAUUAAAAAAAUGGUCGAACAAAUGGGUAAGAGUUUUCCUGACUACCAUCUAACUACAGACAUUCCACCAGCUGUUCACUAUGAUAAGCUAACAAAGGAGAUUGAAUGUGAGAGAAAUAUUGAAGUUCUAGCAGAGGAUCUAAUAAUGUCUUCGAGGUUAAAUAUUGAACAACGGCACGCCUAUGAUUUAAUUCUGCAAUCAGUUUUCUCUCCCAUUGGCCAGAAUUUUUUUGUUGAUGGCCCUGGGGAAACUGGUAAGACUUUCUUAUAUCGGUCCCUUCUAGCUACUUUGAGAUCCCAAGGCCACAUUGCUAUUGCAGUUGCAACGUCGGGUGUCGCAGCGUCUAUUCUUCCAGGAGGAAGAACAGCUCACUCUAGAUUCAAGAUGCCACUAGAUUUUUUUAGAAAUAAAACCUGCCAGAUUAGUAAACAGGGCAGUGUUGCAAGAUUGCUUUUUCAAUCAAGGUUAAUCUUGUUUGACGAGGCUUCAAUGGCAAAACGAGAAAUUGUUGAAGCCUUUGAUGGUUUACUUAGGGAUAUAAUGGACUGUGACCUUCCAUUUGGAGGAAAAGUAGUUGUUUUCGGUGGCGACUUCCGUCAAACUUUGCCGGUUAUCAAACAGGCAACAAAACAGACUCUUAUCGAAUCCAGUCUUCCUAACUCUCCUUUGUGGCUUAAGCUCCAGAAGCUGCAUUUGACACAGAAUAUGCGAGCCAUCUUAGAUCCAGCGUUCUCAGAAUUCUUAUUAAGAAUAGGAGAAGGAAGAGAGCCUGUUGACAUAGAUGGCGAAAUAACCUUAUCUUCUGAGAUGGUCAUUCCUUAUACUGACAAAGAGAAAUCUUUGAACAGGUUGCUGGAAUUUGUUUUUCCAGAUUUAACAGCCUAUUUAAAAGAUCCUUAUAGUAUGAUCAAUAGAUGUGUCCUUGCUCCAAAAAAUACCUCAGUUGAUGAAAUAAAUGACAUGCUAAUCAGAAGAUUUCCUGGGAAUCUUCAUGUGUAUGUCAGUUCUGAUAGAACUGUUGAUCCACGCCAUCAAGGAGACUAUGAAGAUUUCUUGAAUUCUCAAAAUCCAAAAGGCCUUCCUCCUCACAAACUGGUGCUCAAAGAAAAUUGUCCAAUCAUGCUUAUGAGAAACCUCAACCCUACUGAAGGAUUAUGCAAUGGUACACGACUCAUUUGCAGAGAGCUAAGACAGAAUACUAUCUGUGCAGAGAUAGCUUUUGGCCAACAUCAAGGGAAAAGAAUCUUUUUCCCUAAAAUUCCUAUGCAAGUAUCUGAUAAUGACAAGAAUGGCCUGCCGUUUAUAAGGACACAAUUUCCUGUUCGUGUCUGUUUUGCCUUGACAAUAAACAAAUCCCAAGGCCAAACACUAGAUUAUGUUGGAAUCUACCUCCGUGAGCCAGUUUUUUCUCACGGGCAACUAUAUGUUGCUUUAUCUAGAGUUAAAACUUCUGCAGCAGUCAAAAUCCUUAUCCUGCCUGGAACUUUUGAUGGCAUAAAAACUGAUUGGAAGACUAGAAAUGUUGUCUUUGAAGAAAUACUUCACCUCACUGCAUGA